AUGAGUGACAAGAUUUAUAAAGAUAUUGAAUUUAUGUUGGGUAAAACCCCAGCACCAACAACAUAUUGGUUGUUUUGUUGGUUGUCAGCUUCACCACUUCUUAUUGGGGGUCUGUUUGCAUACCGUCUAAUCGAGUAUGUACCACCUAAACUAAAAGAUGGAGUAUUUUUCCCAGAAUUCGCCCAGAUUAUUGGAUGGUGUGUGACUGCCGUAGUGUUAUGUCCUAUACCUUUGUACUUUGUUUAUAAAUUCAUCAUCACUCCUGGGAAAGUCACUGAAAGACUUGGAAUAGUAACAACGCCAACAGCUGACUGGGGACCUAAUACCAAGGAAAAAUUAUACAAUGCUGACUCACAGUUAACAGACAUUGGAAAAGCAGCUUACGCUUAUGACAUGCAAUCCAGCUUCACAAUUAUAAACUAUAGCAAUAUUAGAAUCAUAAAGAUUGUGUCUCUUUAA